CAUCCUUCUCUCACCUUGGCAUGGAAUUCAACCAUGAGGAAACUUUUCAAGCUAGAUAAACGCUCGAAGCCACGAAGCAAUACUUGGCAGAAGGCGGAAUUGGAUGGAACAGAGGUACAAAUAUCGCCGGAAAAACAGAAUAGGACUGGAUCAGCAUUAUCCGGGAAUACAGCGGUUGAGAAUUCCCUGAACUUUGUAGAUCCCAACCGUGGUUUCGCAAAAGCUAUUCAAGAGGAUGAAGCCAAAUCUUGGCCGCAUGGAAGCGGUGGGUCCUCAACGCAGAAUGUUACUACUCACGAAGGAUUCGGCAGUUGGCUCUCGACAUUUCAGCCGGAGGCGAUGUCGAGUAAUGAACACCAGAAAAACUUGGAGAGGUUGAGCAAGUUAUCGUUGAUUGAUGCGCGGGGGCAAAUGCCCGCUCCAGAACCACUGAUCUCCCCGAAGGUGCUCCCGGACCCUGCUCCCCCUCAUGGGCUAUCCCAUAAAGCACCUCAAAAUUGCACCAUUGUCUUUGAAGGAUUCCAGGAAAGCGGCUUCAAAAAAAUCCUCGGCUUUUCCCCACACACCGCUAGGGAGUUAGCUAUAGCCCCAUGGAUCAACAGAUCGAACGCAUACACUAUAAGAGUUACUUCAGGCCCAUCUAAUUACUCCUUCGCUCACGGCUACUGCAUAAACGAACACGAAUCAUUCAUCGCCUUCUUCAACGCGAGCAUCGCUAAGUCCGACCCAAUAGAAGUUAUCAAAACCGCCGGUGAUGAGCUCUCUGUCGAUGGCGGAAAACUGAAAAUUAGCUUUCAACGCUCCCUGCGGAUCCCCGAAACCAGGAAGACCUACGAUCUACCUCCUAAGAUCGCGAAGUUCCCGCUGUUCAAUGUGAAUGACUUUGCUAAGCGUAUGCCCGGGAAUAUGGCCGCAAAGGGAGGUGUUUGCAUGCCACUCUUUCAGCGGGAGGCCAUGUGGAUUGACUUUAAUUACCCUGGGAAAGGGGAUCCUGGAGGGUUGAGUCCUCAGUAUGCUAUAAAGGUGUUUUUCGGGGGGGUGAAUGCCAUUUCCGGUGAGACCUGGAAUAGCUCCGCAAAGAAAAAGCAGGACUACAUCGUUGUCCCACCACAGCCAUGGCUCGACGGGAUAGCUACUGGUCCUGGGGUUGUAAAGCAGUUUGUAGCUAUGCCUUUGGGCAGUGGAUACUCCGUCGAGCAGCAGGUGACUGGAAAAGAAGACAUCGGAGGAAUACAAAUGGAGAUAUCGCCAGUGUACAACAACAAGUUUGAAGUGUCUGCACAAUGCAAAUACAACUACUUGGGCAGGGGCACCAGUUACGGGUACGGCUCACCGCCCUCGAGCUGGAGCAACUAUAGUACGCCGAAAAUGAUGGCGUGCACAGUGGGUAUGAGAAUCUUCAUCAAGGAUUACCGGCACGGGGAUAUUUCCCGAGACUUCAACUCACAAGAGAUAUACUAUGACCUUCCCGUCGACAUGGCCUGGGGUGAUUCGAGUAUGGGUAGUAGCUUUGACAGCCCGUUCGUGCGGCCGGCGGUGCUCCGAGAUCUGCUCGAUUUGAGUCCUCAAGAGCACAAUCUUCAGAAACCGCUAUUCGUGACGGCAUUGAACGUGUUUUCGAUUUUCGUGGAGCAAGACGGAUCGCUGGAGUACCCACCGCAGGUUAUUUUCGUUGUGGAAUGUUCCCCUUUUGCGACUACACCGCAGCUGAUACAAGCUAUCGAGAAGGCGAGCUCAAAGAAGCAUUGGUAUACCAACGCGGAUUAUAAAGUACAAUGCAAUGGAGUAGACAUGGACGAGAGACUGACGAUCUAG